GUGGGUGGCCUAUGAACAGGUGGGCUUCUCUGGGGAGCAGUAUGUGCUCGAGAAGGGAGUGUACCGAAAUUGUGAUGACUGGGGGGCUGGCAACAGCACCAUCACCUCCUUGCAGCCCAUUUUACAGGUGGGGGAGCACAACCUACAUUUUGUCUCUAAGAUUCAGCUCUUCUCAGGACCUGAUUUCCUUGGGGACCACAUCUCCUUUGAGGAUGACCAGGCCUCUUUGCCUUCCUCCUUUCAGCCCCAGUCUUGUCGUGUCUAUGGUGGCAGCUGGAUCCUUUUUGAGAAACAGGAAUUUAAGGGAGAACAGCAUGUGCUUUCAGAGGGAGAGUUCCCAACACUUACAGCCAUGGGCUGCCUGGCCUCUACUGUUCUGAACUCACUCCAAAAGGUCCCUCUGCAUUUUUCUGAGCCAUCCAUCUUCCUCUAUGGGCUGGAGUGUUUUGAGGGAAAGGAGAUUGAGCUCAACGGGGAAGUUCGAAGUCUUCAGGCAGAGGGCUUCAACAACCAUGUGCUGUCUGUCCGGAUCAAGGGGGGCAUCUGGGUGCUAUGUGAACACAGUGAUUUCCGAGGUCGCCAGUGGCUGGUGGGAAGUGCUGAGAUUACCAACUGGCUGACCUACAGUGGGACCCAGAGGGUUGGCUCCCUCUAUCCCAUCAAGCAGCGCCGGGUUUACUUCUGCCUACGGAACAGAGGCUUGGGCAGGUGGCUGGCAGUGCCCGAGGAUGUAGAGGACAUGAAAGCUGGGAGGGUCGUGGUCUCAGAGGUCCGGUCCGGGAGCAGCUGUAUCUGGUACUAUGAAGAUGGGCUACUGAAGAACCAGGUGGCCCCAACGAUGAGCUUGCAGGUGAUUGGACAGGCCAGCCCUGGAUCCAAGGUGGUGCUUUGGACUGAGAGCCGUCAGCCCAGACAGACUUGGAGCAUUGACACCUUUGGGCACAUCUGCAGUGAAAUGUUUGAGGACAAGAUUCUGGAUGUGAAGGGAGGCCAGAGCUAUGAUAGGGACCACGCUGUGUUGUGGGACAGGACUGAGGACAGACCUUCUCAGAUCUGGGACAUCCAGGUGCUCUGAGAUCCUUCAUUCCAGAGGAUUUGGGAAGGGGGGGAGAUAUCUGA